AACAUCUGCAACUUCAGAUGAAAAUAACCGUCACAAAUUUUUUGGAUUUCCUUAUUUUAAAACGAGAAAAUGAUUAUACCGUGAUUUUUCUUUCCGCGUCAUCAUCUUGUUCAUUUGGAAAUACCAUCCAUAGAUGAAUGCCAUCAUGAACUGUAUAGCUGUUCUUGUGACAUUAGUCUGGUGUUUCUCUUGGAUCUGUGCAAAACACCAUCACCACAAUCAAGAAAAAGACAAAGUACUGAAAUACCUUUUGGAGCCACCGGUAUAUGCCGAGGUCACUGCUUGUCGUGGACACAUGGCCAUUUUGCCAUGUAUGAUGAUGAUCAAACCAGCGCACUACAGAGUGAAGUGGACCAAGAUUGAACCCCUCAAAACGGGAGUGCAAAACAUAGUGCUCAUAACAACUGGACACGAAGAUAAAAAGUACGGCUCACUUGGGCCUCGAGCAUCUCUUCUGCGUGCACACAGCCUAGAUGUUUCCCUUCGCCUUACCGACCUGGAGCUGGAGGAUGACGGUAGCUAUCGAUGCGAACUAAUCAAUGGAAUCGAGGAUGAAAAUGUCAUCAUUACUCUGAGAAUCGAAGGAGUUGUAUUUCCUUACCAAAGCCAACGUGGCCGGUACAGAUUUACUUUCUUUAAUGCUCAAGAGGCUUGCGCUGAGCAGGAUGCAACUCUUGCCACACACAAGCAGCUUUAUCGGGCCUGGACUGAAGGCUUGGAUUGGUGUAACGCCGGAUGGCUGAAUGAUGGAACUGUUCAUUACCCAAUUCUGCACCCACGGCCGGCUUGCGGAGGUGGUCUCCUGCCAGGCAUCCGGAGUUAUGGGCCACGGCAUAGAGCACAGGAACAAUUUGAUGCUUUCUGCUUCACCUCUACCACUAAGGGCUCUGUGUUCUACAUUCCAGGCCCGUUGAAUUUUGUAGAGGCAGAACAUGCAUGCAGAAAAGAGGGUGCCGGUCUAGCGAGGGUUGGUCAGAUCUAUUCCUCUUGGAAGUUUCAGAUGCUGGACCGCUGUGAUGGAGGCUGGCUGCAGGAUGGCAGUGUACGGUUUCCCAUCAUAAACCCAAGGGAACGUUGUGGGGGGGUUACAGAACUGGGCAUUCGCAGCUUUGGCUAUCCCAGCAAAUCUUCCCGCCUUUAUGGGGUUUACUGCUACAGGUAACUGCUGCAGGCUUUUCCACCAGCAGGAUACUGUAUACUGACUUACUGCUACGUUUUAGGUUUAUUGUAAUUUAUCCUUCAUCUCUGCAGAACAUAACAUUAUGGGGCAC